UAAUGCUGGUGAACUGCCUCUUGAACUUAGACGUCAUACCCAGAUACUUAAAUUCAUGUCAAGAAUCAAAAGUAUGCCCAAUCAUAUAGCCAGUAAGAUACUCCAUAAUCCUCUCUCCCACAACUCAGCCAACAACAGGAAAACUAUUUUUGAAUAUUUCAAAAUUAUCAGUGAUAACCUCGGCCUUCAAACUCAAACAUUGAGCAAAGUACAACAUCCGUCGCCCCCUUGGCUGUGGUCUCCGAAUAUCAACACUCAACUCACCAACUACUGCAAACACUCCACUGACAGCACUAUCAUCCGCAAUCUCUUCUCGGAAAUAAUGUCCCAACAAUACUCCAGCAGCACACACAUAUACACUGAUGCAUCCAAAAAUUCUAAUGGAGUGGGCUUUGCAACAAUCAUAGGUCAUGAAAAUCAUAAAUUCUCUCUCCCUCCUAGCACUAAUAUCUACACAGCAGAAACUUACGCCAUCUUUGAAGCACUGAAAAUCGCCUCCUCCUCAAGUUCGGAUUCUUUCACCAUCAUAGGUGACUCUCUGAGUGCUUUAAUAUCUAUCUCGAAUCCAUACUCCAAGAAUGAACUAGUACAACACAUCCAAAAACUGAUAUCUAUCUCUAACAAAACUUUCUCUUUCAUGUGGGUCCCCUCUCACGUCGGCAUUUCUGGCAAUGAAAGAGCAGAUAAAUCCGCAAAUGAAGCCACACUUCCUCAUAAUGCCUUAAAAAUAAACCUAACUACAUCCUCAGAGUUGCUCGACAUUAUUAACACCAAAAUCUCUGACACAUGGCAAACAAAAUGGACCAGCGUCCCUCUUUCAAAUAAACUGAGAAAUAUCAAGCCCUCUAUAAAAAAAUGGAACUUCUCCUGUAACCUCAAAAGAAGGGAUGAGGUCAUUAUAACCCGCGCCAGAAUAGGCCACACUCAUCUCACCCACUCAUUCCUCAUCACCAAGGAACCUGCUCCACAAUGUGACGCAUGCAACGUGGACCUGUCGAUCGACCACAUUGUCACUAGAUGUCCAAAAUACGCCGUAGCUCGGAAAAUAUUCAAAAAUUCAUCUUCUCUCCGACUUGCCCUCAGCGAAGAAAACACAGAAGCUAUAUACAAAUUUUUUUAUUAUACACAUUUAAACAAUAAGUUGUAAAUAUUUAUAAUUUUUCAUUGUUAUAACCUUCUGCAGGCUAAUAUCCUUAGUUGUUGAAGCCUUAUCAUUAAUAAAAAAAAAAAAAAAAAAAAUGCAAGACAAGCAAAUACAAUAUAUAAUAAAACCAACUGAGCGCCUACAAAAUAAUAAAAAUAUAACUCUAGAAACAACAUUAUUAAAUAGUGAUGACGAAGUCAUAUUAUACAAUCUCUCCAAUACCUAUAGUAAUAUACCAAGAAAAAUUGUUAUAGCAAUUGCCACUGAAUUAAAUACGAUUAAACGCGAUAAAUACGAAAUAAAAAUAUUAAUUCACACAAUAAAAUUAUUAAUAAAGAAAAAAUAAUAGUAACAAAAAUAACAGAAGUAACGGAUAAAUAAGGUACAAUAAUAAAAAUACCUAACGAAUUUAGCU